AUGGGACGUCCCGACGGUCCCCGCGACCCCAUCGCCGGCCCUGAUACCCCACAACCACCCUUUCCCAUCAAACUGCGCGGCCCCGUCGUCAAAGGCUUCGGACGCGGCAGCAAAGAGCUCGGCAUCCCCACCGCCAACAUCCCCCUCUCCGGCCUCUCAAUCGGCGGCCACGACAACCUCGACUCCGGAAUCUACUACGGCUGGUGCACACUCGACCACCGCGCCCCCCCAACCUCGCCACCCACCAGCGUCCCCAGCGCCACAUCGGACACAUCCCCCCCCGCCCCAUCCUCAAGCCACGGCGUCGCAGACCUAAACUACCCCUCCACCUCCCUGCUUACCACCUCCCCCUCCCCACAAACCGUGUACCCAACCGUGCUAUCCAUCGGCUACAACCCGUACUACAAAAACACGCAGCGCAGCAUCGAGAUACACAUUUUACACUCUUUUGACGCGGAUUUUUACGGGGCGGUGCUGUCGCUUGUGGUGCUUGGGUUUAUUCGGCCAGAGUAUGAUUAUGUGAGUAAGGAGGCGUUGGUGGAGGAUAUCCGGGAGGAUAUUCGGGUCGCGAGGCGGAGCUUGGAGAGGGAGGGGUAUGUGGUUUGGAAGGGGGAUGCAUGGUUGAGGGGGGAGGGUGGGGAGGAGAAGGAGGAGAGGGAUAGGGCUGCGAAUGGGAGGGACGGGGCGGGGCAGAGGGAUGGGGUGGCUAUGUGUCAGAUGGGGAAUUGA